UCACCGAUGGCGCCACUAAAGGGUCAAUAACUAUGGCUGCAUUAAAUAACUAUUCAUACAAAUGAAAAUAGAUUGAAGACUGUUCAAAUGACUGUAUAUGUAAUUAAAAAUGCCUCCGAAGCCUAAAACGAACGUCAAAAAAGGGAUUUCUAGGAAUAAAAAUACAGAACCUCCCAAUGCAGUGAACCCUUCAUGUUCAAAUGCAGAAACUGUGAGUGGUCUAAGCCAGGAAGCCGAGGACCAAUUUGAGUUAGAAUUAUGUUGGUGCAUCCAGCAAUUACAAGUGUAUCUAGCUACUGGGAAACUUUCAGAGAAGCAGGCGCGCGAUUUGACUAAAAACAUAAGUGUUUUAAGAAGUUCCACCGCACCUCUGAUCAAAAAGAGGCAAAUAAUGCGGACUACCUUAGGGAAUUACAGAGAGAAAAUGUUGCUGGACGAGCAGAAACAUAGCAAAUCCGCGUCCUCUAUGAAAUUUAUACCUGCUCCUACACAGAAUAAGAAGUGUGUGUUUGUAAGGAAGGCUGCGUGUAAAUUACCAAGCGAGAAACAGCACUCGCAUAUAGAUACGGUACUCUUUAAUUCAAACUCAUCCGUAACUUCUGUCGAUAUGGAUAAUGCACAGACUGUCUUUAAGUUUAACUUUCAACUUGCAGAAUAAGUGACAUGUUUACUACAUUUUAUAUUGUACACGUUUAUAUGCAUUUCAGUAAUAUAAGUAUUUUAUAAGUAUUUAUGGACAGUUUUGUUUACCCAAAUAAAGAAACUAUAAAUAAUUUUAAAUAGUAUCCUUGGUGACAUUGUUCCAACCAUGUUCAGAUUUUAAUAUAUACUAAAACAAUAGACUCCGUUUUAACACGGUCCUGUGGCGCAACGGAUAACGCGUCUGACUACGGAUCAGAAGAUUCCAGGUUCGAAUCCUGGCAGGAUCGAUACAAUUUUUUUCCGCUUAACGAUUUUUUAAACUGCUAAUAACAAACAUUACCAUACUUUUCCUAUUAUAAAAACGCGAAUAACAAACAUUCAAUAAACUUGGAAGUUAAUGAAAUUGAAAUAGGACGAAUACUUGCGAGAGAAAAUAAAUUUUAAACUGAAAGCGUACUAAAAUUUCUAAUAAUAUAAAUUAACUACUGAAUGAAAUUAUCAUUGAUUUAUAUAAAUUAAAUGCUCGAGGCAGAGGGAUCUAGCAUAUUCGAGGCGACAAUGAAAGUCAUUUAUGUAAAUAAAUAUUUAGUUAUGAUAUAUUUAACAACCAGUAGUAACAAAGGUAUUUCGUCUCUCUUACGUACUUAUAGCAACAGAACAGCACUCUUUAUCGUAUGGUACAAGCUUGAAUCCGUAUAGAACUAUAUAUAUAAUAUAUGCAUAUAGGAUGUCUCAAAAGUCUAUCGCAUAAUUUUAUUAAUAACCAUCGGUCUAAAAAUGUAUCAAUACAAAAAAAAAAAAAAAAAAAAACACAAUAACACAUCGUUUCUUUCGGUUCAGUCGCUGAAACCAUAAUCGAAACAAACUUUACCAUCGUCGAAACUCAAAAGAAAUGCUAUUCGUUAACACCUACAAACAACCUCAACCGCGAUGAUAUGGUUCGAUCAAUCGAAAAUUGCCUAAAAAGAAUGCAUUAGACUCUUACGACGCCCUGUAUAAAUAUACGUAUUCUCCAAGGAUUUCCGUCAUUUUUUUUUUCCAUUUAUUUAUUUAUUUAUUAUUAUUCUUCCUUCCUUAAUAACGUAACAGUGAUAUAUGCAUCUAGAAAAAGGAGAAAUCAGUUCUUCCUCGGACAGGGCCAACUGAUACAACUCAUAAAGACUCGAUUAAUGACUUUUUUCCUUUUUACAAUUCUAAAUAGAAAUAUCUUUUUAUUAAAGAAAUAUGAUUUUUCUAAUAUAGUCUUAUAUUAAAUAUAUAUAAUUCUUUAUAUCUGUUCAUUUUUUUCAUUUAAAUAUUUCUUUGUUUCGUUUUUCUUUUUUUUUUUUUUUAUUCCUUUCAUCCUUUCAUUCGUCAUACACGAUAAACUGUUACGCCCGAAAAAAUCACGAUUCAGUUUCAACGCUCUCUCGACAAGGUAUAAGCGCGGUUUCGUUUUCUGUGUUUAUCUUUUUUUUUUCUCAUUUUUAUCGUUACUAUGUUUUUUUUUUUUUUUGGUCUUUGCAGAGCAGUUUCAUCGCUUCGAUCGUCUUUGGUAGAAGCACGCGUCCCCGUUGGAACGCGUUAUCCUCGUAAUUCGAUUUUAGAGAAUUCUCUCGACCGCGUCUCACUGAUCCCUGAGUCGGUGUACAACCAUAUCAGUCUUUGCCCCACUCUUUAAUGCCACGCUUUCUUCUCACAGCAAUCGACCAUCCUUCGCUCUUACCUUAAAGGCUAAUUCGACGCACGGAGACUCGCGAACUCGUCGCAAACGAAUCGCCGUUUCUCGUAAUUCUAACACGGAAAAAAAAAACAA